UUGUCCGUGACGUCACCGGAUGACACAGCAGCUGCUCGGCCGCCGUGACAAAAUCAUCGAAACCGGCUGAGCGGGCCAACAGUUGUCCGCGAAGCUUUCGACGAGCUGGAACAGAUAGAGAUUGAAUCGCGGGAAAGGCGUAAUCACACUGGUUUAGACUCAGAAGCGUCCAAUUUGCACAGCGUUAAUUAUCAGCGCCAGCGACACGAUGACCAAUAGGGCUCCCACCAUCCGGCUGAACAACGGGCGCGAGAUGCCGAUCCUGGGCCUGGGCACAUGGAAGUCCUUCGAAUCGGACGCCUACCACUCGACGCGCCACGCCCUUGACGUGGGCUACCGGCACCUGGACACCGCCUUCGUCUACGAGAACGAGACGGAGGUGGGCCAGGCGAUCUCCGAGAAGAUCGCCGAGGGAGUGGUCACUCGCGAGGAGGUCUUCGUGACCACCAAGCUGGGUGGGAUCCACCACGACCCUGCACUGGUGGAGCGCGCCUGCCGCCUGAGCCUGAGCAACCUGGGUUUGGAGUACGUGGACCUCUAUCUAAUGCACAUGCCGGUGGGCCAGAAGUUCCACAACGACAGCAACGUGCACGGAACCCUGGAGCUGACGGACGUGGACUACCUGGACACCUGGCGAGAGAUGGAGAAGCUGGUGGACCUCGGUCUGACGCGCAGCAUCGGGCUUUCCAACUUCAACGCCGCCCAGACGGAGCGAGUGCUGGCCAACUGCCGCAUCCGCCCGGUGGUGAACCAGGUGGAGUGCCACCCAGGCUUCCAGCAGCGCCAGCUUCGGGAACACGCCAAGCGCCACGGCCUGAUCAUUUGCGCCUACUGCCCCCUGGCACGCCCCCAGCCCGCUCGGCAGUGGCCGCCCUUCCUCUACGACGAGCAUGCCCAGAAUCUGGCCAAGAAGUACGGCCGGACCACGGCCCAGAUCUGCCUGCGUUAUUUGAUCCAGCUAGGCGUGGUGCCACUGCCCAAGUCGUCGAACAAGGCCCGCAUCGAGGAGAACUUCCGGGCCUUCGACUUCGAGCUGAGUCCCGAGGACGUCGCCGGCAUGGAGCAGUAUCACACCGGGCAGCGCACGGUGCCGUUCUCGGGGAUGUCGGGACAUAAAUACUACCCGUUCAACGACGAGUUUUAGACAACUCGGAAAAACUCGGUCUCGGCCUGUUUGGCUUGAACUGCAAACGAAAAGUGUGGUAUUCCAAGUCGGGUGUUUUUUUAGUUGUUUACUCAAAGUUAAAGAGGUUUCCGGUAAAGCGAUGCAUUGAUUUCCCUUUAUAUUUUAUUGGAAGCGGUUCGUAAGACACCCCCGUUUGUAGUAUUUGUAUUGUAAAAUAAAGUAUAUUACGUAGAAGA